AUGGCAGCAGAAGAUGUAAAGCUCAUCGGGACGUGGGCGAACCCCUUGGUCGUGAGAGCAAGAAUCGCUCUAAAUCUGAAGGUGAUCAAGUACGAGUUUCUCGAAGAAGAUCCCACCAAGAAGAGCGAGCUUCUUCUUAAAUCUAACCCUGUCUAUAAGAGGUUCCCUGUACUCAUCCAUGGCGGCAAGCCCAUCUGCCACUCCCUUUUUAUCGUUGAAUACAUCGAUCAAGUCUGGUCCUCUUCAGGCUUUCCCAUCCUUCCUGCCGACGCCUACGACCGCGUCACCUCUCUCUUCUGGGCCAACUACAUCGACGAGACGUUGAAUUCUCAUAUUCGGGAGUUGAUGUGGAAUGAGGAUGAGAAAAUCAAGGCAGAAUCCAAGGAGAAACUCUUUACCGCACUGCUGCUGUUAGAAGAGGCUUUCGUCAAGUGCAGUAAGGGGAAGAGCUUCUUCGGCGGCGACACCAUUAACUUGGUCGACAUCUCCCUUGGUUCCUAUAUUAACUGGCUAAAAGCUAUCAAAAUUAUAACGGGAAAAAACUUUCUAGAUAAGACGAAGACUCCGCGGUUGGUUGAGUGGGCGGAAUGCUUCUGCUCCAUCGAGGCUGUGAAGAAGGUGCUUCCGGAAGCUGAAAAACUGGUGGAGUUCAGGACAUUUUUGAAGGCGAAGGCCGCCAGUCGUGCUGCUGCCGAUCCUUCAUCCAAAUGA